AUGGAUCUCAUAAUCAAAGCAAUUCCUCUAGAUGACAACUCUGAUCCAGAUAUCUAUAUCUCAAAAACAGUGAGAUUCCCUAACAGUAGUCUUGAUAGUGAAUGGUAAUGUUCCUCUUAUGGCAGAGACACGUGUACAAUUCAUCAUGAUGACAUCAAGCCUGACGAUGUGUUCUAUAUUGGAAUUACUUCACCUCAUGGAGAAUGCCAUCUGUCUCUCUUCACAAUGACAUCAGAUGAGUUUAAGCUAGACGAUGGAAUUUACAAUUCCUUCUGA